UGUAGACUCUUUUUAAUGCAGAGGACAAAGCAGCAAACACUGGUGUAGAGACCUGAGGAGUGAUCUUGAAACAAUCAAAGGUUUCUCUGUAAAUAAAAUUAAUAUGAAUUCACCGACCCAAAAUUCCACUACCAGCAGCUGCAAUGAUGCUGAUUAUGACUACAGCGAUCCCUACAGCAACUGCACAGACCCUAAAGACUUCUGCUGGUAUUUUGAGGACAACAUUAGCAUCUUGACAUGGAUAAUUGUUUGUGUCAGCCUUCCUUUGACCCCACUGGCCAUCUUUUUUCUUUGUAAGCAGGUGCGAAAGGAUCACAUCGGUCAAAUCUAUCUCAUCAACCUUCACAUUUCUGACCUUGUUCAGCUCUUCUGUAUGGUCGUUCACAUGUCAGGUGUUGAGGACUUCCUCACAUGGAGAAUAUUUGUUCGCUGUGUCUACCCUUCUGGUCUGAUGGCAAGUGUUGGCUUCAUGGUGUGUGUUUCCAUGGAAAGGUAUUUGGUUGUUGCCCAUCCAGUGUGGUACCAACAGAGACGAACAAUCAAGGUCACUGUGGUGGUCUGUGUCUCAGUCUGGAUCCUUUCUGUUUUUGUUGGCCUCUUAAAUAACGACUAUUUGGGUGCCUUCCUCAUCAUUCCCCUUCCUCUUCUCUUUUUCUUCCUUAUUAGAACUAUUAAAGCCGUGUCUGCAACCAGUGUCCCCUCUGAUGAAAAACAAAAAAUUGUGGCAGUUUUGGUGGUGGUGGUGCUUAUUUACAUAUUGGUGUUUGUGCCCAGAACCAUUUUUGAAAUACUGCUCCUGACAGAUACAAAUUGGCAGACAUUGUACUUUGUGUAUGACACUACCUGCAGUUUAGUUCAGCUGAAUCCCCUUAUAGACUUGAUUAUGUACUUUUUCAUUAACAAAUGGGUGUUAAACAAGCUUUUUAGUUGUCUGUGUUGUUGCAAAUUGGACAGCAAUGAUCUCAGAACUUCAGUGACAACAACAUGAAAUCAGAAGGAAAUUGUGCAAUUUCUGAAUCACCUUAAUGUGGAUAAGUGACGUAUGAUUUUGUUGGCGUGUUGGUUUAAUGGGAAAUGGCUGUUCAGGCAAUGUUUCUGUUGUUUAUUAGGGUUAAA